GAAGGUCACACGUCGCCAAACUUCACAUCGGAGUUUGAGGGUGACGGACAUCAAAGAGAGGACCAUUCAGUUUAGCAAAAUACUUAGGACACAACAACAGCAAAAACUGUUUAGGAGGUAGUAAUAGCACUUCUCCGUUUCUGUGUAGCUUUUCUUCUAUUUUGUUUUUGUAUCUUAUCGCCUUGAGAGAGGUUCUUCUCUCUUUUUCCACCGGUGACGUGUGGCACAGUGUUAGCGGAGUGUCCUUUGCCCCUUUGUGCAAAGUCGUGCCUUCGACCUUGGCUUCCUGUGCUGAACGGCACAAAUCCGUACCGCACAGAAGGGAAAGGGUAGCAGCCCUAACCCCCCCCCCCCAAAAAAAAAAAAGAAACAUAUACCUUUUCUGCUUUUAGUUUACUCUCAGUCGGAACUAGAGAAAAUUUAGCAAUGACGGGGACAGCCGCCGCGACGCACGCCGGUGACGAGCACCACCAUGAGCACCCCACCAGUGCGGCACCGUACGAAACUAUCAAAGCACCGUCCAUGGCCUCCCAGGACUACAUCAACAACCUGCCCGCCUUCGACACCGCAAAGCCGAUGCCACCGCCGCGCACCGCCGUGGAGCGCUUUACACGCAUUCUGCAGAUGCAGUUCGGCCAGGACCCGGACAUGCCCACCCUGGGCCACAACGUUGAGCGCAAGUACCACGGCUUCUUUGACUACCUGUUGAGUCCCAUCGGCCCGCUGCGGCCCCGCACGUACGUCGACGCCAACACGCGACCGAACCCAUGCCCGGAGGAGUACUGGUGGGCCUCGUGGCGCUGGCCACGCACCAAGUACGUGAACGCCAAGGUGCCGCCUCCCGUGGACGGGAAGUACACCGAUUACUACCACUACUUAGCCUACAAAAAUUGGCUGGAGCGGGAGCGGGAUGUGUACGUGGCACACGCCAACUUGGUGCAUGAGAUGACCUCGCGCUGCCUGGUGAAGGAGGGUCAGUACAACGCGAUGAAGAACUGUCGACAUCUCUACCACAAAGGGUUCGCCAUGUCCCGCAUGGAGGAGUUCAACCAGGCGAUGCUGUACAUGGCGAUGACAGGUAAUGCGGCGAUUCGUGAGACGCCAUACCCAGACAACUUUGUAGAGGAGAAGCGGAAGAUUUAUGACGAUUGGCUCUACCGCACGCGCAUGCGCAAACCCGGAGAUGCGGCGUAG